GACUUUGUGACUGUGGUAACUAGUGACGACCGACCGCUGUGGACGCUUCUGGAACGUCACGGUUCAACCGUCUCUGUAGCCUGUUAGCCGACAAGAAGUAGAAACAUUGAAGCUCUGUCGAACAUGUUUGUGUAGCUACACAAAUACCACCCCAGUGAUUUAAACACAGUUCUGUUAACGUAUCUACUAGCUCAUUUAAACGUAAUUUGCUUGUUAUUACAUUUGUAAAUGUGUUACCGAGCCUAGCACUAGGGUAGUCGCUAAUGCUAAGUAGCUAGCUAGCUAGCAUCCCUGACAAUGAGCUCACUAAGCUACUCUCCUCCUGCUAAUGAAGAGGAGGUCUGCUGGACGGAGAAAGCAGCUAUGGGGAUGAACAUUGUCAUUAAAGAAGAAGAAGAGGAUAUUACAGUGAUAGGAACGGAAGAAGCUUGUCGAAUUAAAACGGAGGAAGGGAUAGAGGCUGUCACAGUGAAAGAGGAAGAGGGGAUAGAGGUUGUCAUAGUGGAAGAAGAGGUAGAAGCUUUCAGAAUGAAAGAUGAGAUAGAGGAGGAUAUCACACUGAAAGAAGAAGAACCUUUUGUAGUGAAAGAGGAGGAGACUGAAGAUCCGAUUCACACCAAUCUAAAAACGAGGCAAUAUGCAGUUUCCUGGCCCUCCCAGGGCUCUACAGUGAAGGAGGACAUCAGAAAGAUACAGGAAGAAUCUAAUGUGACACCCGUGAGUCCCAGACAGUUUGGUGGUGAUGACGAUUCUAUUCACUGCGACAAAGACUGCGACGUGAAAGACAAGGAUUGGUUUCCUAGCAACAGGCUGAAGGCGGAGUCGGCUUCAGAGAGCCACACCCCAGAGCAGAGGGGGAGUGGUGACAUAUCUUUCCCUCUCCCAGAGUCCCCAGGUCGUGCCUCUCCCACUGUUGCCUUACUGUGGGGUCUGAAGAGGGUGUCUGUGCGGCUGGUCGACUGCAGGAAAACACCGGGUCUGCGUGGAACUGUGAGAGGAGAAGAAGAGGGAGAUUCAGAUUCAAGUGAAAGAACAGACUCAGAGGAGCCAGAGACGUCCAACCCAGCAGGACAACACCACUGCUCCCACUGUGGAAAGAGUUUUUCCCGGUUAGGGUCCCUGAAAAGGCACGAGAUGAUACAUACGGGAGAAAAGCCUUUCCACUGCUCCCAGUGUGGAAAGAGUUUUGCCAUGUUAUUUUGCCUGAAACGACAUGAGAUGAUACACACAGGAGAAAAGCCGUUCCACUGCUCCCAGUGUGGAAAGAGUUUUGCCCGGUUAUGGCAGCUGAAAAUGGAUGAGAGAAGGCACCGAGGAGAGAAGCCUUUCCGCUGCUCCGAUUGUGGAAAGAGUUUUACCCAGUUAGGGGGCCUGAAGGAACAUGAGAGAAUGCACACAGGAGAAAAGCCCUUCAACUGUUCCUUUUGUGGAAAGUGUUUUUCCCGGUUGAGACACCUGAAAACACAUGAGAGAAUUCACACAGGAGAAAAGCCCUACCACUGCCCACAUUGUGGAAAGAGUUUUACCCGGUCGGGGCACCUGAAAGCACAUGAGAGAAUUCACACAGGAGAAAAGCCCUACCACUGCUCCCUGUGUGGAAAGAGUUUUACUCAGUUAGGGGGCCUGACAAAACAUAAGAUAUUACACAAAGGAGAGAAGCAUUUCCACUGCUCUCUGUGUGGAAAGAGUUUUAUCCAGUUAUGGGGCCUGAAAACACACGAGUGGACACACAUAAAAGAGAAGCCUCACCCCUGUUCCCAGUGUGGAAAGAGUUUUACCCGGUUGGCGCACCUGAAAACACACGAGAGAAUUCACACAGAAGAAAAGCCCUUACACUGCUCCUUGUGUGGAAAGACUUUUAUUCAGUUACUGGGCCUGAAAAGACAUGAGUGGACGCACAUAAAAGAGAAGCCUCACCCCUGUUCCCAGUGUUCAAAGAGUUUCACACAGUCAAGAUACCUGAAAAACAUGAGCUGACACACUCCGCGGAGAAGCCUUGAAAGAAUCCACAUUGCAGAGAAAUAUAUAAUGGAAAGAUAUUUACCUGGUUAGGGAACCUGAAAGACCAUGAGGUAACAGACACAGGGGGAAACACCUUACCACUGCUCUCAGUGUGGAAAGAGAGGUGUAACGUAACUCAUUAAUUAACUGAUGUAUUUAACACAUACAGUGCUCCAACACUUGUCAAAAAAAAUUUCACUGACUGUUUAUUUGUUUAUGUCACACGAAAUCAAAUUGUACAAAGUGAACUCAAUGUUUUUUAACAUGAAUUGGACAUAGAGUGAGUAUAUCUGUUUCAGUAUAGAGUAGGUCGGUUGUAAAUGCUUUUUAAUUCAAUUAGAACUUUUUAGAACUCUGUCUUUGUGUAUUUUCUCUGUGUGUUAAUCAAGUGCUGUCUAUUUACAUGUGCUGUAUUUCCUCUUGUGUUUGCAUUGUAUAUGUGUGUGUGUGAAAAAAAUAAACAAAUGUACAGA